AUGGGGUAUGGCGGUGAUCAGGACGCUGGUAUGGCAUAUGAGGUGAUCAGGAUGCUGGUAUGGGGUAUGGCAGUGAUCAGGAUGGGGUAUGGCAGUGAUCAGGGUGCUGGUAUGGGGUAUGGCAGUGAUCAGGAUGGGGUAUGGCAGUGAUCAGGAUGCUGGAUGGGGUAUGGCAGUGAUCAGGAUGCUGGUAUGGGGUAUGGCAGUGAUCAGGAUGGUGUAUGGCAGUGAUCAGGUGCUGGUAUGGUGUAUGGAGGUGAUCAAGGUGCUAGUAUGGCAUAUGAUAGUGAUCAGGGUGUUGGUUUGGGGUAUGGUGGCGACCAUAUGGUGUAUGGGGGUGUUUUGUGUGCACUAGGACAGGUGACAGGGGCUGGCUGAAUUAUUUAUUAUAGGCAUUAUGGGGCAGUGAUCAGGAACACAUGGGGCACUAAACUGGGGCACUGGGGUGGCUGGCACUGCAGUGUGAGUGUACAAGCAGCCUGACAGGCUGCUG